AUGAUGGCAAGUCAGCGGACAAAAUCGGAUAAAAGAAAUAGCAAAAGAAUGAGAGAGUUGGAGUCCCAAAUGCCUGAUAAUCCACAGCUGUCUUCUCUUGGAAAAUCUGAUUCCUCUUCUGAAACCAGUGGACUGUUUUAUAAAGAUGAAGUCAUAGAACAUUAUUUAAGUGAUAUGAGCAAGGAAAUUAAUGUAAUGAUGUCUUCAUAUGCAAACUUCCUCAGUGAGAGAGCAGCAGUAGAAGCAGCUUAUAUUGAUGAGAUAGACGAACUCUUCAAAGAAGCCGAAGUUCUUGAAAACAUACUAAUACAGAAAAAAGAGUUCCUGAAACAGAGGCUUACAGCAAUUGCAAAUUCACUACACGGAUUACACUGUACUUAA